GUGUUAAUGUUAUAAAGGAGAAUCUAUAUAUACAGAUUCUUUGAAUAUUCUAUUCGUGUAAUAAUUAAAAUGGGGAAUGCUAAUGGAAAAGAAGACGGUGGCGACAGCAGCCAGUCUGGGGUGGAGAGCGGUGGUAGUGUGCAGGAUCGCAUGGUUGAUCAAGGUGGUGCGCAGGGUGGAGAGUUCAUGGGUCAGUCCCCCCCUCCUAGCCCUAGGGCUUCUCAUUCUCCUCUGAUGUUCAGGCCGCAGAUGCCAGUGGUUCCUUUGCAAAGAUCUGAUGAGAGGCACAUCCCCAGCCCAUCAUGGAUGCAAACAACAUCUGGGUUUGAGGACAUGUAUAUGGAGCGAGGAAUUCCAACUAUGAUCAUAUGGAGCCAUGGUGGCCAGGAAGUGGCUGUGGAGGGAUCAUGGGACAACUGGAUGACAAGGAAGCCAUUACAGAGAUCAGGGAAAGAUUUCACCAUUAUGAAAGUACUCCCUUCAGGAGUUUAUCACUAUAGGUUCAUUGUUGAUGGACAACGUAGGUAUUGCCCAGAUAUGUUAUGGGACCAGGACGAUGCUGGCAGUGCUUACAACAUUUUAGACUUAAAGGAUUAUGUCUCGGAAGAUAUCGAUAGCAUAUCAGGUUUUGAACCACCCCAAUCCCCAGAUUCCAGCUACAACAACUCGCAACUUGUUGCAGAGGACUGUGCAAAAGAACCGCCAAUGGUUCCUCCACAUCUGCAGUCGACUUUGAUUAAUGCCCCAUCAUCUCACAUGGAAAUCCCCCCUCCUUUUUCAAGACCUCAACAUGUUGUGCUAAACCAUCUCUACAUGCACAAGGAUAGGAGCCGUCCAUCAGUGGUGGCCCUUGGUUCGACUAAUAGGUUCCAUUCCAAAUAUGUGACCGUGUUGCUUUACAAGACCAUACAGAGAUAAAUUCCAUAUGAACAGCAGUAUUUUCUACUUUGUAACUAAUAAUUUGAUAUAAUUAUCAGAAGUAGAUGUCAAGACCGUUCCUUGUGCUGACAUUGGGAAAAGCCAUCAAGGGAGCUUUAAAGUGUAUUUGAUAUGCAAAUGCUUUCCUGUUUAUUAUCUUCUUCUGCAAA